AGCACGAGAAAAAAUCGUAAAAUCUAGAAAAAACUAUAGAAAAAUAUUAAAGUGAAAAACUAAAUCAAUAAAGUGCAAAAUAAAAAAAAUAAAUAAAACACUUUAAAAAAUUUAUAAGCAAAAAGAGUGAGAAACUCUAAAAAAUUUACUAAAGUGUAGAAAGAAAAUUGGAAAAGAGCAUAUUUGAAAUUUAAUAGUUUAAGAGGAAUAAACUUAAAGGGAAAUUGAAAAAAUUAUAAAGAGCAGCCAAAGCAGCCAGAAAAGCAAAACAAAAUUUUCAUAAUUAAGAAGUUAACAUAAUGUUAAGUUCGCUUGAUGCAUUAGCUAGUAAAAUAUCACCUGGCUCAGGAAACAAAUCUCCGUCCCAGCAGCAACUACAACAACAGCAACAGCAAACAACUCAACAACAGUUGUCACCAACAACUUACUAUCAACAGGAGUGCAUAGACAAUCAACAGCAGCAGCAGCAAUCAUCUCAUACUCAUUCUUUACGUUUAAACGGUAAUCAUUACAAUGUUGGUGGCUUGGAUAGCAAUGGAAACAAAUUAUGUCACAUCACUCACAAUACCAUACAUCCCUAUCACAAACAACCGAAUUCACCAAACGGCAGCCACAGUAACAACAACAACACCAGCAGCAACCACCACCAUCACCACAAUCAUAGCACGAACCUUGCCAACAGUUUGCUGCAACAGCAAACAAAGUUGGCAACGUAUACAACAUCAUCGACCCCACCAACGACACCGCUAUCGGCCUCAUCUCUCUCACCCCAAGAAUGCCUGCAACAACAACAUGAAUUGUUUCAACAACAGCUGCAACAACGUCAACAGAGUUUGCAACAACAGCAGCUGCAGCAUCAACGCCAACAACAAUCACUAUCGUCAGCUCCAUUGUCGCCAACAACAACAUCCUCCCAUUCAUACGAUGAAAAUGAUUCCCAGCAUGAGUUUAGCAGUUGUCUGAAGGAAAAUGCAUUUGGUAUGAGUGAUAAAAGUAGUACAACCAAUAGCCUACCGAAUAGUCCAAUACAUAGUAACAACAAUAAUACAUCGCUGUUGAAUAACAACAAUACCAGCCUCUGCAAUCACAAUAUACCCAACAACAAUAACAACAACAAUACUAUCAUCAGCAACAAUAAUAAUAACAACAACAACAAUAAUACAUGUAGUGCCAAUCGUAAUGUUGUCGAUGAUGACUCUUGUUUUCGCAUGGACGCCGAUACACCAUACGGUGAAAAGGAGCCAGAUCCAGACAAUAUUAAAAUGUUUGUUGGCCAGGUGCCAAAAUCUAUGGAUGAGGCUCAACUACGCGAAAUGUUUGAAGAGUAUGGUCCGGUGCAUUCAAUAAAUGUAUUGAGAGAUAAAGCGACUGGAAUUAGUAAAGGUUGUUGUUUUGUGACAUUUUAUACCCGCCGUGCUGCCUUAAAAGCUCAAGAUGCCCUGCACAAUGUUAAAACCUUAAAUGGGAUGUAUCAUCCCAUACAAAUGAAACCCGCCGAUAGUGAAAAUCGUAAUGGUAAGUGAAUUUUAUUUCUCUGUUUGUUUUACCAAAAACAAAGUCUAUAUUUUUAAGUUUAUGGGUACAAAUAGUCGUAACUUGAAAUGCAGAUAAAACAAAAAUCAGCAAAAAAAAAUUUUUCGACCAGCAUACAAAAUAUUCAUUUAUCUUUUAAAC